AUGCAAAGUAGCAAUACGACCUUCAACGCAAGUAAGAGCCGCAAUGAAAGGGUAGUGUAAUAAAAGUAAGUAUCUAUAACUUGCUUUGUGAGAACAACUUGAAUAUUGGCUCUCCAAAACUCGCAAUUGAUUACAUAUACAAUGACUUCACGCUCUCCCCAGAACCGACCAAGAUUUGCACGAAUAAAUGGACGUUCGGAGGAACCAAUUCAUAAUCCUCCUGAUAAUCUGAGUUUGCAUAAUCGAAAUGUCGGAAAAGUCAAAGUCGAUUGUAAAUUUCAGCUCUCAAGAUCGAAAUGGGGUGUAUUGGGAGAUGCUGAGAACCCGGCUGGAAUUAUUUACAUGAGUCUCGGUUUUCAUCAAACCGGCGAUUGCAGAUUGUCUCAUGCAACUGUCACUAUUACUUUCAAGGAAUACAAGGGGGGAAACAAAAACAAUGAAUCUUUUUCAAGUUAUUUGCACAUCACCGAUCACUUUGGUCCAAGGGAACUGCUUGGCCAAGAGAGAAAAGUUGCCGUGAAAAAGACCCUUAAUUUCACACCUAACUUCUCAGCUCUUGGUAAUGGAGGCGGCGGAGUUGGUUUCGAUAGUGCCAAAGAAAUUGAGUACGUUAGAAGAUGGAAAUUCAUUGGCCAACUGAUACCUGCAGACCACCCGAAUCAGAAGAGCCACAAGACAGGCGUAUAUAGAACACUGAAGUGGGAUUUGACAGAGAGCGAUUUUGAGAUACAAGCCACGCAUGGUGACAUUUUUCAUACUGCAUUUGCAUUUGAGCACACGGGCGAUAAGUUCUACAUGGAGGUCGAGAUUGAAGGAAAGCUGAAAAGUCCUAAAGACAGGAUUAGAAGACACCUAAAUUUUUCCUCAAGGGCAAAAGGAAGCAAAGGACCAACAUUAUUGGUUGGUCCUCCUCGGAAGAGUGGCUCUAGCCCCAAGCUCGAUGCGCUGGCAGAUGAUCUCCCCAGGGCAAUGGAGAUCGAAAAUUUGUUGGCUGUGCCGACAGAAAUGCCACAUGCUAUGCCCGCAUUCGCUCAACGUGGUGGGAUUGCGGAAAACAACCCAGUACCAAGCAUGAGCGGAGCAAUUUCUGGGCAUAUUGCAGGACCACAAGCUCACAAUGGCUCCCCCACAUCAAUUCGAGGUAUUCCAAUGCCUUCCUUGGGAGAUCCGACAUAUCCAUCUAUUGAGAACCUCACAAAUGCUCUCUCAGUAUUCGUGGAUGGAAGACAGCCUACCAUCCAAAGGCCUAUGACGAACCCGGAAAAUCCAACCCUGAAUUUAGUCGAAGAAGAAGUCGAGCUAGAGAAUAGGUUGAGAACAGACUCUUCUUCGGAUACUGGAACGGUCAAUGAGAAAGAUCCGAAACGAUAUCAUAAAACCCCGGCACGUAUCGAAGAGAAGCAGAUUGAAGAAGCCAAGAAGCUUCUUCAAUCUCUCUCCCAAUCUAAAGGUGCCGUGUUUAUCAUGCGGAUGCUGCUUAGAGUAGUGGGGUUAUUCAGCGGGGUAGCGAAACCAUUAGGGAAGCCACCAUCUGCUGAUAAUGCAAAGCAAAAGCUUAACGGCCAAGCUAAUCAUCAUCAGCCCUAGGCUAGAAAUUGGGGCUUUUCCUUUUUACUGUUAUUUAGUUGAGAAGCUUUGUUUAAUGGCACGAGUUCAAUUUGAGACCA